UUUUUUGGACUCUAAGGGGAAACUGGAGUAACUGGAGGGAACUCCAUGAUGACACGGGCAGAACGUGCCAGCUGCACACACAUGUAGCCAGAGUGGAUUUCUCAAACCUGGGCCCAGAGAUUCAUACUGGACAUACAAAGAAAUGGCCCAGUGGUGAAAGUCCUUCCCCGACUGCGGGGGGGUCCGUCAGUCCCCCAUCGAUGUGGAGACCUCCGCCGUGCAUCACGACCCCUCGCUGAUGCCCGUCAAUGUUGUUAAUGCAUGUAAUUAAUGUAGUUAAUGCAUAAUUACCCAUAAUGUUUGUGUAAACAGCCACGUGAGUUUAUCUCAUCCGGCAUCUUAAUAACUAAAUAACUCAAUGCUAACAUUAUGUCCUCAUUGACGGCCCCAUGCGAUGGCACUCUUGUCAUGUCCUGCUCUGCUCAGCUGUUCUGAACGGAUCAUUGUCAAACCCGCUGACCCAGAAUGGUCCGGUUCGCCACAUUGAAAGACUUCUUUGUUGCCUUUGCCUGGCCUGCGAUUCCCGGGUCACGCAUUCAUACGGUGUCCCUGUGGUUCCCGCGCCUCGCCGAUGAUGUUGCUGCUCGCUGGUCCUGACACUCACCUCCGGUUCCCAUCUGAGCGCGUACAAGGCCCACCCAGCCUUCCCAUCUCAUGUGUUGCAGUGAAGAUGUCCUUGCCCGCCUGGUUCCAACUGGGGGGGCUGCCCUGGAGGUUCACAGCUGUGCAGCUGCACUUCCACUGGGGUAGGGAAGGGGAUGGCAGCGGGGGCCUGGCCGGGGGCAGCGAGCACACUGUGGAUGGCCGUCGAUCCGCUGCUGAGCUCCAUGUGGUCCACUACAAUUCAGAUCUCUACCCCAACGUGUCUGUGGCCCAAAGCCAGAGAGACGGCCUGGCGGUUUUGGGAGUGCUAAUCGAGACAGGUGAUGACAAUAACUCUGCGUAUGAGAACAUCUUUAAGUACUUGGAAUUCAUCAAAUAUGCAGGACAGCAAAUGCCCAUCCCCUCCUUCAAUGUCUGCUCCCUGCUCCCCACUGACCUGGGCAGAUACUUCCGGUACAAUGGCUCACUCACCACGCCGCCCUGCUACCAGAGUGUACUGUGGACAGUUUUUGCGGAGAAGGUUACUGUGACUCGCAAGCAGCUGAAGAACCUGGAGACAGUGCUGUUCUCCAACGAUGGGAAGGACCCCAAAUCUGUCCCUCUCCAGGACAAUUACCACACAACCCAACCCCUCAACCAGAGGGUAGUGUUGGCCUCAUUUGUCCCGGAUUCCAUCACCAGUUACACUCUCGGAAAACUGUGUGCUGUAGUGGCGAUGGUCAUCAUCCUCCUCGUAAAGGCCAUGCGAUCUAAGGAACAUGACAAGGAGCAAAAGCAAGACACAGCCUUCAACACAGACCCUGACCCAGAAAAACCAGAAGCCCCUCCCAAAGUGGAAGCCUAAGCCUUAUGUGAUUCCUUGGACCUCAGCAGCUACUUCCUGUUUGAGUGCAUGAACUUCCUCUGCAUGCCAAACCAGCUGCCCCAGCCUCAAGUCCAUCUUCUUCCUACCAGUUUGUCCCCUAUAUACACAGCCAAGUCUGACACAGUUUGCCCUCUCUGAGGCCAUUGCACACACACUCCUGUAUGCCCCCCCCCCACUUCCUGUCAAUAAUUGGCCAGUAUUGCUUGUAUGUGUUUAGGAAAAGGGGAAUAUGUAGCUAUUUACCUCUAUGAAUGCCUGUUUGGAUGCUCUUGUUAUCUGCCAAUAUGCCUGCAGGUUGUACAUGCAUCAUGAUAAACCUUACACUUAUGCACCUAUAUUUCUGUCAUUGUGUUAUAGUCAAAGGUGCACAUUUCUGGUCCAGAAAGUGAAAACCCAGCCAGUUGAGUAUAAAGAGUAACAGUCACACUAUAUUAGUUAAUUGAAACAAAAUCUUCAUCUGGAUUUUUACUUUCUAGACCUGAAAUCUCCAUUUCUGGUCACAGUAACCAUUAUUUUUUGUUAGUGAUUUCAAGACUGUGAAUAUCUUUGAACUCUU